AUGAACUUCGGCAAAACAACACUGGCUUCACUUCUGAGCUUUAUAUAUAUGUUUGGCGAUGCUAGCGCUACUUCUGGUGAAGGUUUGCAAAGUGCUGUUGGAGGUGCUCUUGGUGCUGCCGUUAGAGAUGCCGUACAACAAAAGUCUGAAGAAGUAAAGGGACUUGUAGAUCAACAGCAACAAGAGAUUCUAGGCAAGGUAGGCGGUGGAGGAUCUUCAGGAGGCUCUAGCGAAGACGAAUAA